GUUUGGUGCAGUGCUUGCUUCAACUGCGGCGGUCAAAAUCUCGAAAAUGACCUCGGCCGAGGAAGUGGAUCCGGUGCUAACGGCCAAGCAAACCCUGAUGCUGGCCCUCGGAGAAAAAUGGCCUCUUUAUUUGGCGAAUAUGAAGCUUUGGUUCCGCAAGAAAACCCCGAAGGAAGAGUUCGAUCUCGAGUGCCGGAAGUUGUUCAGUUCGGAUCAGAUGCACCUGCACAAUAAGUUUCUGCUGGCGAUUCUGAACAAAAUCGAUGCCGUCUCGCCGCCGCAAAGUGUGAGUAGUUACGGGGCGGAGUCCAGCCAUGGCAGCAAGAGCGGAAGUUCGAAGAAGAGGAAACGGUCGUCGAAAUCCUCUACGGAUCGGGCAACUUUUGAACCGGCAACGGUGCACGAUUUCAUCCCGAAGGAACUGGUGGACUACGAGCAGGUGGCCAGCCAGAGUGCGACGAUUCCCACGAUCCGGUAUGCAGCGCAGGAGCUGUUUCUGCCGGACAAUGGGCUCGUUCUGGGGCGACUGCUGGUGGGUGCCUGGGAGAAUGGUCUGAUGAAUGUGGACGAGAAUGCGGUGGAGCUGAUUGUGCACGCGGUGCAAGUGCUGCUGAAGAACAUCCUGAUGGCGGUUGUUACCAAGCGGAAGCACUUCCGGACGACGGCCAACGGGACGUUUGCGUACGAUAUUGGGCACCAGCUGGCACACCCGUUCAAUCGGAACACGGUAACGAAGGCGAAAAUCGACGACGAACCGAUGGAGCUGGACAAGGAGAUUACGACCGUGUGCUACCUGAAGCCUCCGCCCGGGGAGUCGCUGUUUUUGGCGUCCUGUGGGGAACCUUACCCAAAUCCAGUAAAGAAGAUCACGGUUUACGACGUUUACAAGACACUGCUCAACAGAAACAUAAUCCCGUCGCAUUCCGUGUAUUCGAUGAACAUGGAACGGAUAUCGAGUUUGCUCUCUUGAACGAUCCGGAAUUUAGUAAGUAUAAUUGGAUAUUUCUCUUUAGUCUUUUAGUCAUACUCUAGCUUACAAUAUAACAGGAAUUUAAGGA